AUGAGACGCACAGGAGCCGGCAGUACAACAGGGCCUUCUACUGUCUCAACAACAGAGAGCAGCAGUACAACAGGGCCUUCCACUGUCUCAACAAUAGAGAGCAGCAGUACAACAGGACCUUCCACUGUCUCAACAACAGAGAGCAGCAGUACAACAGAGCCUUCUACUGUCUCAACAACAGAGAGCAGCAGUACAACAGGGCCUUCCACUGUCUCAACAAUAGGAGCCAGCAGUACAACAGGGCCUUCUACUGUCUCAACAACAGAGAGUAGCAGUACAACAGGGCCUUCCACUGUCUCAACAAUAGGAGCCAGCAGUACAACAGGGCCUUCCACUGUCUCAACAACAGAGAGCAGCAGUACAACAGAGCCUUCCACUGUCUCAACAACAGAGAGCAGUAGGACCAGCAGUACAACUGGGCCUUCCACUGUUUCGACAACAGAAACCAGCAGUACAACAGGGUCUUCCUCUGUCUCAACAACAGAGAGCAGCAGUACAAUAGGGCCUUUUACUGUUUCAACAACAGAGAGCAGCAGUACAACAGGGUCCUCUACUGUUUCAACAACAGAGAGCAGCAGUACAACAGGGUCUUCCAUUGUCUCAACAACAGGAGCCAGCAGUACAACAGGGCCUUCUAAUGUCUCGACAACACGGACCAUCAGUACAACAGAGCCUUCUACUGUCUCGACAACAGUGGCGAAUAGUGAAAACGUUGCUGCUGGUUCCGGCGACAAGCCUGAGCCAGGCCCGUCUCGAGAAGUUGCCUCCCCCUUAUCUAUGCACGAAGAAGUACCCACAGCCAGUGAAUGCUGA